CUUUCCCCUCAUGUGUUCAGUUGGUCAGAGGACUGGACAGCUCCUUUCCUAAACAGACGGGAGGAGCCAAGCGUGGAUCACUAUGCUGUCUACUCUAUCACACAAAAACCUCACGUCUGAAUAGCUACACCGCCGUCUUUAUUCCAGUAAAUAUGGUGCCAUGCUUGGACGCAUCCAAUAUGACUGACUAGCUAGCUGAAGAACUAAGCGAUAUAGGAGAAGAAGCAUGCUGAAAAUCAGGAUGUGCCUGACAACAUUUGGGUUAUUUCUGGUCUUGAGUGUUACCAUCACUAAAGCUAUUGAAUGCAGAGCAGGGUGCAAUCCUGAAAACGGCUACUGUGAAAAGCCUGAGGAAUGCAGAUGCAAACCAGGCUGGCAGGGGGUAACAUGCAAGCAGUGCAUGCCCUUCCCUGGAUGUCUUCAUGGCAGCUGUGAGAAAGCAUGGCAGUGCAUCUGUGAAGAGGGCUGGAUGGGGAGCCAGUGUGACCAAGACACCAACCAGUGCUCAUCUAAACCAUGCACUGAUAACUCCACAUGCAUCCAGACUGGCCAGGGAGGAUACCUCUGCAUUUGUCUGCCUGGUUACACAGGAGAGAGCUGCCACCUGAAAAAGGGAUCAUGUCUAACAAACGGCUCUCCCUGCCAAAAUGGUGGCACCUGCUCUGACGCCGGUGGCUUGGCAGCCUACCCCUCCUGCGCCUGUCCUCUCGGAUUCGCUGGAGACUUCUGUGAGAUUGACACGGACAGCUGUGAUCCCAACCCCUGCCUCAACGGGGGCAACUGCACCGACUACGGUCCUGCAUUCACCUGCGCCUGCCCCGCGGGCUUCAACGGCCCCACCUGUAACAACACCCAUGUGGACCCCCUCUCCCCCUGUGCUAGUACCCCCUGUGGGAACGGGGGUACCUGCGUGGUGGGGAGCCAAAAGAACAGGGCUGGGAUGUACCAUUGUCUGUGCCUCCCAGGGUGCACUUUCACUGGGCAUGAAUGUACGCCGACCCAGCAGUCACACAGGCCCAAAGCCAAACUCAGGCUGGCCAAACUCUCCCCACCACACUACAGCCUACCUGCCCACGCCUUCCAUAAACUACUAAGGCCCCCUGAGAGGGACCUUCUCAAGAUCAGCCUGAAGGAGACGGUUCACUCGGCCUCUGCCGCCAGCCUGGUCACCCGCAGUCAGCUCAUCUGUUUCGGGAUGCUGGGCCUGCUCACCUGCCUGGUGAUCCUGGGAACCACAGGUAUUAUCUUCUUCAACCGCUGCGAGACGUGGAUGGCCAACGCCAAGUACAGCCAUCUGGUGCGCCAGCAGAGAGAGCAUCUGUUGAGAGGCAAUAACAGCGAGGAUGAGGGGGGCCACUCUGUCAACAUCAUCCUCCCUGAGAAGAUCAAGCUCACCAGCUUUGGGAAACAUUACACGUCAAUCUGACAUGUGGGUAUUUUGACUGACCGUCUGCAUAAGGAGUGUGUUUGAGUGUGCAAGGACACCUACAAAACAAAUGGAGAAGGUCAUGGAUUUGAAAUAGAUUUUAAAGAGAAAACUGAGGCUCCCUCUCUAAAAAAUGCAGUUAUUCUGUUCUAAUGUGAUCCACUGUAUGUGGAACUUUCCUCAAGUAAGAGGAUUGAUGCUAAGAUGUACAGGCACGAUGCCUGGAGGAGAAGGACAAUAAUGUAUGCCUGCCUAAUUUUCAGGACAUCCACAAGCUGUCGUUUUAUCUCUUUCAAAUGUUAACUUAUAACAUAAAAGUGCUUAUAAAGCAAAAUAAUGUUUUUUAAAGCAAAAUAACCAAAAAAACUGAUUUUGAUUCUUCAAAGCUUUUGAUCUGAACUAAUUCAAUGUUUUACUUUCCACUUUUAUACUGUAGUUAAUUAUUCAUCAAAUCUUGUACAAAUUUCAGACUUUAAGUAAAUUAUAGUGAUUAUCAUAAAGCCCCAAGUUUAUUAUUGUAUUAUAAAUCCUAUUGUAGAUAUGCUGAUAUUUUGGACUAGAACCAGUCAGUGCUUUUGAUGGUUAGAUUCUAUUAGUAUUCAGAUUGCUGUUCGUAUUUGUCUUCUACAUAUCGUUGUUAGUGGAUAGAAUACAUCUGCUUGUACAGUAUUCAAGUGAACCUCAUCUUUGCAUUUAUACUGCUUUUUCGUUUUUGAUUGAAUCUAUAUAUUUAUAUAUACAGUAUAUAUAUAUAUAUUAUCAAAAAAAUCUGUCUGGAAAUAUCAGCAAGUAUUGUCAAUCUGUAAUGACCAUAAUACAAUUGUUACUAACCACCAGUAGUGGAUGUCACAGUACUUUAGAUAUUCAUCCCAUUUUAUGUCUAAUAAGAUUUUUUUUUAAGCACCAAUUAAUUCAACUCUAUAAUUCAGCAAGUGUAUUUACAAAUAUUAAUGUGACUGCAAACUCCUGCUUUGAACAAAACUCCAUCCAAAUUCUGGUAAGAUUUCAUACCACAACACAAACAUCGACCCCUGCAGUUUGUUUGAGGGCAAAAUAAGAUUAAAAUGUGGGUGGCUUUAAUUUACUUUUCCAGGCCAAGAAAAUGUGGGUUGGAGCCAUUAAUCACUGGAUAUGACAACUACAAAAAUAGAAUGUUGUGGUUGUGUGGCUGGGGCACCGGCAGGAAGUUGGGUACCUACUCUUCACUCUCUAAAGUAUUCUGCCACAUGUCAUUUCAAACCAUAAACAUUGUAUAAAACACAAGUGAGCAGUUUGUCGUACUCUCAUUAGUAACAUUCGGUUAGUUUUAACCCACCGGGCAAAGACCUGACGUUAACAUCAAAUCAACAUCCAUAUUUAGUUUUAACUAUGUUUAAUUAAAUGUGAUUUCACCUUGAAAUGCUGUCAUUAAUUUGUGUUUGAAAAAUAGGUAAAAAUGUUGACAAAACAUUUAUAAAAACAUUGAUAUUCGUUGUCAGGUAUGUUAAAAUAGGUCUUUCAUAGAAUGUUAAUUCAGUGUUUUUGCCAGAUAGGAAAGGGCCCCUUAUCCACCCUCAGUACAUGUUACAGUGUUAUGUGCAAUGGGAAAGGGCCCCUUAUCCACCCUCAGUACAUGUUACAGUGCUAUGUGCAAUGGGAAAGGGCCCCUUAUCCAUCCUCAGUACAUGUUACAGUGCUAUGUGCAAUGGGAAAGGGCCCCUUAUCCACCCUCAGUACAUGUUACAGUGCUAUGUGCAAUGGGAAAGGGCCCCUUAUCCACCCUCAGUACAUGUUACAGUGCUAUGUGCAAUGGGAAAGGGCCUCUUAUCCACCCUCAGUACAUGUUACAGUGCUAUGUGCAAUGGGAAAGGGCCCCUUAUCCACCCUCAGUACAUGUUACAGUGCUAUGUGCAAUGGGAAAGGGCCUCUUAUCCACCCUCAGUACAUGUUACAGUGUUAUGUGCAAUGGGAAAGGGCCCCUUAUCCAUCCUCAGUACAUGUUACAGUGCUAUGUGCAAUAGGAAAGGGCCCCUUAUCCAUCCUCAGUACAUGUUACAGUGCUAUGUGCAAUGGGAAAGGGCCCCUUAUCCACCCUCAGUACAUGUUAGAGUGCUAUGUGCUUUUACUGUGAUUUGGUAGAAUAUUGCUUAUUGUGUUUUUCUUGAUCUUUGUUAAUAAAAAUAUAAACCAGUCUUCCUUUUUCAAAUAAGAUACAUUUAUCAAAUACUGUAUCUACAGCCUGACAGCCAUCCCAAAUGUAUAUUUCAACUUAACAGGUCCAAAUAUAUGUAUUUUUUUUUCUCAAGAAGACAAACCUAGAUAAAAAAUAAAAAAAGGUUAAAUAAA